AUGAAUGCUGUAAAUGUUGUGCAACUGUUCAUUCUGGUUUGGACCUUUACUGCUGUCUGUCAAGCUGAUGAUGGUUUCGUCAGUGCAAGCUGUGAUGAUGUGACUGGAUCUGUGGGGAAAGAAGUAACUCUCACCUGUAGCAUCUCUCAGCAGUACACUGAUUGCUGCAUUGUAAUGUAUAUGUUUCAAUACCCUGGGAUAAAUGACACCUUAAUCUGUGCACAAGAGCUUCCUUGCAACCUCUGUGAUCAGAGUAACAGCUUCUCAUGCCGCUACACUCCAACUACAGCAAGGAUGGAAAAAAUAGUAUUCUUUGUGCAAACAAUGUGUGGAAUGAAAAGAACAGAAUUCUCUGUUAACACAAAAGGGCUCAUUAAACCUGAAAUUGUCACUGAAGCUCCUGCUCCUGUCAAGAAAGAUUUCAUUGUAAGCUGUGAGAAUGUGACUGGUUCUGUGGGGAAAGAAGUAACUCUCACCCGCAGCGUCUCUCUGCAGUGCACUGAAUGCUGCAUUACAAAGUAUAAGUUUCAAUACCCUGAGAACAUUAAUGACUCCGUAAUCUGUCAAGUUUUUCCUGUGAACCCCUGUGAACAGAGAAACAGCUUCACAUGCCGCUACACUCCAGCUACAGCAAUGACAGAACAAUUCAGAUUCUUUGUGCAAACAAACUGUGGAAUGAAAAGAAGAGGAUUCGCUGUGGGCAUAACAGAAUCCAUGAAACGUGAAAUUGACACUGAAGCUCCCGGAAAGAAAGAAGAACCUGUCAGGGACAUAUCAGAAACAUCUGAACAGAAGAAAGAAGAAGGUCGUGGAUAUAAGAUCGCCGUCAUCGCUGCUGUUAUAAGCUGUUUUAUCAUCGUCAUAAUGCCAGUCAUUUACAAAUUGACACAAAAACACACCAAACGGAACAGGACGUUUCUGAGUGUCAGACAUGAAGACGACAACAGCAAUCAUCUAGAAAAUGUGAUAUAAUAGCAUCGACUCAGCAGUACCAGACUAAUUAACUAAUUUGUUUGACUUUUCAUACAGUGCUCAUGAAAGACACUCCAGCAAACUUCUCUACUAUCUGUUAAAAUUUAAACUAUACUGACCUGUAUAACUCUGACUGCAAAACUCUGUUUCUGUUUUAUAUUGAUUUCUGUGAAAUAAUGCUAUAUUAUAGAUCUGCUUGAUCAGUGUAUUUAGUGUUAAUUUUCUGCACAUGCAAUUUCGUAAUAGUGUGAACAGUAAGGUUUUGUACAGUGUGUUGUAUUGAUUUAACAAGUAAGGAACUCAAUAAAGACUU